AUGGCCAAUCGCUUCGGGAAGCAAUCUUGGAAUCCGCGCGAUCCAAGUGCAUCCAGGCUCUCUAGAGCGAUAUGUCUUGAAAAUGAAGUAAGCUCCACGCAUGAGAAAAACAGUCCUCAAGCCUUUGCUUCUAUAACUCCUGAGAAACAGUUUGAUCGAAAUUCGAAGUAUAUUGAGCUCGGGAUCGAUCAGGCAAAAUUUGGCUACAACACCGAAGCGAUUCUCUGGUAA